UUAUUUUUUAGGCCAAUUCCCUUUUGUACUGUAAAAAAUAAAAUAAACAAAUCGAAGUUAGAGAAACUCAACAACAGUACAGUACACACUCUGGUCGUCCUUCCCUGCGCCGUAACUUCCACGGCCGCCGCUCCCUCGCGCCGCCCUCUUUUCUCAGUUCACAGAUGUUCACAAUGAGGAUACAAAGCUCCCUCUUCUGAUAUUUGGUUGAGGAAAAUUGCUGGCAGAAUCGAACCUAAAUAAAUAUUGCCAUCACUGAGUGAUGUUCAAGUGCUAAGAUGGAACAAGAAGCAGAACAAACUGUUAGAGUUCAUGGAGGGAGCUCAGACAGUUUGGAAUCAGAUCGAGUCAGUAGGGUAAGGAAGCUGCUAUUUCGCCAAAUGUUAGUUGGGAUCAAAGAUGGAAGAUUCUUCUUGGGUAACUUCUAUUGCAUUGACAAGCAAGGAAACAUUAUUCUUCAGGAUACUGUGGAGUAUCGUAGCACUCGACGCCCGUCACCUUCUCCUAUGGAACAGAGGUGCAUUGGUCUUAUUCUUAUUCCUUCUUCUUGUCGCACAUCAUGUCAUGUGGAUUGCUCUAUAGAUGAACAAUUGUCACUUCUAUCGCUUCCUGAAACAUGAGUAAUUUUGGGGGUUUCAUUUGUUCCAUUGAUGAAUUGUCAAUGGAAUCCUUCGAUUUGAUACAUUUAUAAGUCAGGAGCAAUUGGCGAGUUUAUAAUCGUAUUUGUUUGUAUUUACAUUAAUCUUAUACUUUAUCUUGAUAGUAGGUUGUUGUCAUUAACCUUUUGUGUAACCAAAAAUGCAUCUUAAUAACAUUAUUAAUCCCU